AUGAGCCUGCUCCCCAAGGAGGCCUGUUUGAUCCGACUCUUCAAUGCAGCUGGAUGCCACCAGUGGGACCGCCUCGCUCCCUUGGCACGGGAGUUCUAUGAUCUGGGUGGGAGCCUGGAGGAGCUCGUCGCGACGACCCGUUUCCUCGUCACAUUGAUUGGGUACGGUCCAGCCCUGAAGGCCACCCUAACCCUGCACAAGGCCGGGUUUAUGCCAAAGCACGUCCCCGGCAAGGUGGGCGGCCCCCCGGGGAAUGCAUUUGAGUUGGUCUACACCUCGGUCACGGACACCGUGCGAGCCAAGCUGCACGAUGCCGACCCUGUGCUUGCAGAGUGGAUCCGGACGCACCUAUAUGGAGACAUAUACAGCAGCCCCGGCAUUCCCCUGCGCCUCAAGCAGCUCCUCAUCUGCUCCAACCUGGCCAUGGCUGACAUGCCGGACCAGCUCUUUGGGCAUGCCAUCGCGGGCCUGCGCUUCGGGGCCACGCUGCAGCAGCUGGAGGAGGCGGUGCACCUGGCGGUGGCCGUCCCGGAACACAGCAUCAAGCCUGCCAUCGUGGACGAGGCCCUCAAGAUCCUCACGCUGGCACAGCGCAAGUACAGACGGGACUUUGCUGGCAGCCCAGCCAGCCAGCAGGUGGCAGUGGCGUUUGGUAGCGUCCGCAUCCCGCCCCUGGCCCCUCUCACCAACGGCCCCCCCUCGAUGAGUGCCAUGUCGGGCACCGUUGCCGAGCCCACGCCCAAGCCGACCCAGGUCAGGCACGUCCAGAUGGUGACGGAGAAGACGAUCGCAGCAGCUCCCAAGGUGCCCAAGCCUGCCGCUGGGAGCGUGUCCCAGGAAGGCUUUGCCUGGGACGUCCUGGAGUCGGAGCGACCACCCAUGUAG